AUGUACGAUGAGAAGACCAAGGCGGCGGUGCAGAAGCUUCCUCUGCUUAGCGUCAAAGCGGGGCCCCGCGACGGGCCCGACUGGGUAGAGCGUCUCAAAGAAGAGCUAGCAGCUUUGAUCAGAUACGUGCAGAACAACAAGGAGAAUGACAAUGACUGGUUUCACAUCGAAUCCAACGAGGACGGGACCAAAUGGGCUGGCAGUUGCUGGUAUAUACACAAUCUUCUGAGAUAUGAGUUCAAGCUCCAGUUUGAGAUCCCCGCGGGCUAUCCGGCAGUGCCAAUUGAAUUGGAACUACCGGAGCUGGAUGGGAAGACCCCCAAGAUGUACCGUGGCGGAAAGAUCUGUUUGGAUAUCCACUUUGCGCCGCUGUGGAGGACAAAUGUCCCAAAGUUUGGCAUUGCUCAUGCGCUCUCUCUUGCUUUGGGACCUUGGUUGGCUGCAGAGAUUCCUUAUCUCAUCGAGGCUGGUGUGGUGACCCAUCGGAAUGGGUCAGAGAGCGAGAAGUGA